UAUAAAAAUAGUUUGUCUUUUGUUGUGAUACACACAUUUUCAAUUACAAUUUCGUUUGAUAAACAAGUGCUGCUGGAAAAAUUAAAAAAUGUCUACUCCCAGGAAAAAUUUUAAUUACAAUUCACCUUACGCCAAGCCACAACAGCAAUAUCCCUCACAAUCACAAGAUUAUAUAUCACUGGAUAUGGGUGGACCCACCAAAAACAACAAUAAUACUGCAAACGAUUCUAACUUAAAUGAAAAGACACCCGGGCGUUAUAAUGGCAAAUUCUAUCAGCAGCAUAAUUCCAAUUAUAAAGCCAAUCGUAGACAUCAAUUUAACAAUAAUUAUAAUCAACACAGCAACCGGCAACAAUUUAAUACACCGCAGCAACAGCAUCAUCACCAGCGUUUUCAGCCUAGAAAUUCUAAUGAAAGGCAACAUUUUCAACAAAAACAAAAUCAACAUCAUCAUGCCAAAGCAAAUAAUCAAUCUAUAGAAGCUUAUUGUCAUCCCUCCAUGCUAGAAGACCCUUGGUUUGAAUUAAUGCAACGUUUGCAGUCUUUGGAAAAAAGUAAAAUCACCGUCAAAGAUAUGACACCUCCCAAAGACUCUACACCGCCGCCCGACUCGCAUUCCUCAACAGAAAGUGAUAACGACGAAGUCAACAGUGCCGCUAGUGAUUAAUUGUUGAUCUGUAACAGAUCUUGUUUAGUUUAGUUUAAUAAAACAAACACAAAAAAACUUCAUUUCUGUAAUAAGUAUCAGCAUGUAGUAUAUUUUUAUUUUCCUUUAACAUUUUUCUAAAAGAAAAAAUUAUCCUGGGAUAAUUUUUUUAACCUUGUGUAUAUAAGUAUCAUGUUUUUAGUUAUUUU